UAGCUGAGGGAGGCGGAGCUGCCGGCGGCCCGGGCGGGCUGGCAGCGAGAGUGGGUGCGAUCGCCGCCUCUGCCGCCUCCGCCGGCGCCUCCUCCGCCCGGGCCGUUCGCUGCUGCGCGGGGAGAGCGAGGCGGGGCCGCCAUGGAGCCCGAUUCGGUGAUUGAGGACAAGACCAUCGAGCUCAUGUUACCGAAGUGCAUGUUUGGGAUUUUGUUGAAGAAAACUGGAUACAGUAAGCGGAAAGAAUCUUGGAAGAUGCUUGACUGCUGUCUUUUCUCAGACUAGUCUGAAAGGGAAAACCCCAUUCAUUCUGGAUUGGUGAAUCUGAAGUACAAAAUAUUUUCCAGAACACUUCAGUUAUGGAAGAUCAAAAUGAAGAUGAGUCCCCAAAGAAAAAUACUCUUUGGCAGAUCAGCAAUGGCACAUCAUCUGUGAUUGUCUCCAGAAAGAGACCAUCAGAAGGAAACUAUCAAAAAGAAAAAGACUUGUGUAUUAAGUAUUUUGACCAGUGGUCUGAAUCAGAUCAAGUGGAGUUUGUGGAACAUCUUAUUUCACGGAUGUGUCACUAUCAGCAUGGACAUAUCAACUCUUACCUGAAGCCCAUGUUGCAGCGGGACUUCAUUACCGCGUUACCAGAGCAAGGCUUAGAUCACAUAGCAGAAAACAUUCUUUCGUACCUGGAUGCCAGGUCUCUGUGUGCAGCAGAGCUGGUGUGUAAGGAGUGGCAGCGAGUGAUCUCAGAAGGGAUGCUUUGGAAGAAGCUGAUUGAGCGCAUGGUGCGCACUGACCCUCUGUGGAAGGGGCUUUCAGAAAGAAGAGGGUGGGAUCAGUACCUGUUUAAAAACAGACCCACAGAUGGCCCUCCCAAUUCAUUUUAUAGAUCAUUAUACCCAAAGAUUAUCCAGGAUAUAGAGACCAUAGAAUCUAACUGGCGGUGUGGUCGACACAACCUGCAGAGGAUUCAGUGCCGCUCUGAAAACAGUAAAGGCGUCUACUGCUUACAGUAUGAUGAUGGGAAGAUCAUCAGCGGCCUGCGAGACAACUCCAUCAAGAUUUGGGAUAAAAGCAGCCUCGAGUGUUUGAAAGUGUUAACAGGACACACAGGCUCAGUCCUCUGUCUCCAGUAUGAUGAACGUGUCAUCGUAACUGGCUCUUCAGAUUCUACGGUGAGAGUCUGGGAUGUGAACACGGGUGAAGUUCUUAACACGUUGAUCCAUCACAAUGAGGCUGUCCUUCACUUACGCUUCAGCAAUGGACUGAUGGUGACUUGUUCUAAGGACCGCUCCAUCGCUGUGUGGGACAUGGCUUCUGCCACCGACAUCACUUUACGCCGUGUCCUGGUUGGCCACCGCGCUGCUGUCAAUGUAGUAGACUUUGACGAUAAGUACAUCGUGUCUGCCUCUGGAGACAGGACCAUCAAAGUCUGGAGCACCAGCACCUGUGAGUUUGUCCGCACUCUGAAUGGGCACAAGCGAGGUAUCGCCUGCCUGCAGUACCGGGAUCGGCUGGUCGUUAGUGGAUCAUCAGACAAUACCAUCAGGCUGUGGGAUAUCGAGUGUGGUGCCUGCUUGCGAGUCCUGGAGGGCCAUGAGGAGUUGGUCCGAUGCAUCCGCUUUGACAACAAGAGGAUUGUCAGUGGCGCCUAUGAUGGGAAGAUUAAAGUUUGGGACUUGCAGGCUGCCUUGGACCCCCGAGCCCCCGCCAGCACCUUGUGCUUGCGCACCUUGGUGGAGCAUUCUGGACGUGUGUUUCGGCUACAGUUUGAUGAGUUCCAGAUCAUCAGCAGCUCUCACGAUGACACUAUUUUGAUUUGGGAUUUCUUAAAUGUGCCUCCCAGUGCCCAGAACGAGACGCGCUCUCCCUCCAGAACAUACACGUACAUCUCCAGAUAACAGUCUGCACUUUCACCCGUUCAGGGUUUCCUAGUCUUGAACUACUGGCUACAUGGCUUCAAAUGCCUAAGUGAGUUCCUUCACAGCUGAGCUAUGAAGCUGGGAUUGGUUCUGGACGCUGGGUAGAUGCAAAGCAGCCUCACUCUUCAAGCACCGACCUUGCUCUAUUUGGAGGACACCUUCACCUCAUGACUCCAAGUAGAACAGAAGCCCAUGUCCUUCCCUCAGAGAAAACACCUAAUGCUUCAAAUGUAAAUUGCGGUAGGAAAGGAGCCUAUUGUCCCCUACAGAAGUAAAUGGCCAUCGGGAGAAGACUUGGCCUCCAGUUUACCUUGCUUUGCUCUUUGGCCUGAUGUAGGAAAGUUUGGGUGCCAAACACCUACCCAGAAUGUGGAGGGCUUUUCUGGUGAGAAGUCAGCAUUCUCCUUUGGACUGUCCGCUACCGUGAAUUCUGACUUGUAUUGGGAGCGUGUUGGACACAGAAGAUCUCCGGAUUGUCUCAGUAAUAUUUUUGCAUCACAUUUCCUUUCUGUACUAGUUCUUUUAAUUUAAGCCAGUUAUAUUAUCUCUCCACAGGCAAUAGAGUUGUUUUCUUUCUUGACGUGCUCUCUGUUCCCAGCUGUCUUCUGAUACCUGGCAGAAUGACACCUUUAUCGUGUGCUUGCCGCCUAAUUUAAGAGUGACCGCAUGUAGAUACAAUGUACAGAACAGCUCCACCUCAAGGUCGCUGGGGUCGGCUCUUGUGCCCGAGACACUAAUGCCAAGUGUGUUCGUUGGCGCUUAGCAGGACCGGGCUCAGGAGCUAACACCAGGCUAGUGUGGAUUACCUAGGACCUUUCCUGCAGUAUUCACACUGCGCUUUUAUUUCGUCACUGUCAUUGCGUGUGUGGUGUGUGUUUUUAAUGGGAAUCUUGUUUUGAAACGUAACUCCUCAAGUUAACACAGGUGUUUUCUUUGUUGUGCAGUGUACGCCAUAGGCAGGCACCUUAGCAGGUUUUUUCUUUUCCUCUCAAGUACCAGUGGUCACUUCCCACAGUGUGUGCUUGGCUUUGGGUCAAAGCCACCCUUGUGUGUGGCAGUGACCAUGGGAGUGAGAACAAGAAGCCUUGUUGACAGGACCCUGCCUGUCAGGGCGUGUGGGCAGUGGGUGGACUGGAGCCUGCAAGGCAGGUCAGCUGGUCCAGAGUCGCCCAGGUGUGCGAAUGGCAGGGUCCAUUGCACUGGUCAUGCUCAGAAAGGACAGUGGUGCCAGUUGGCACCCUUUCCCUCUUGCAAUAUUAGUCUUGAUCCCCCUCGCCUUGCGUCCAAAGAUCAAGGAGGUGAUACCACUUUUAAGGACCAACAGACCGCCCUGUGCUGGCAAGAAGCUUCCUCCUGCUCUGCUGCCCUUGGCUGGAGAGCAGAGUGGACAUCAUGGUUUCUGUGAUUUGUGGAUUGGGCUGGCUUUACUUUUUAGUUUCUCUUUUCCCUUUUUUAUUUUUUGAUAUAUUCUUCUCACGUGCUACUAAAUUUUGUUUUUGAGAGGUUGAGUCUCAAACUGUAAGAAAAUAAAGCUCCACUCAGCAGGCAGUGCUAUAUCAGCGGUGGCCGUGGACCUGGGUGACUGGGCCACUGCCUGGCACAGUGCUGCUGCCAGAAGCCAGGAAAGCCCCACGGGAGGGAGGCGAGUUCUGGACGAUGGCUUUUUGUCAUUUCUGCAUGUUUAUUAAGAAGGCCGUCUGGAUCCUUGGGAACUCAUGGCCUUUGAAUAUGCACAUAACCUUUGACUUGUGCCUACUAAAUUAUAGCAGGGGACUUUGGGCACCCGAGGAGCUGACUUUCUGGGAUUACGGCAGUGACUCCCAGCUGUCCUCUGGACUUUAUUUUGCUAACCAUAAUUGAGCAACUGUAAAUUACGGCUAUAUAAUGUUUCAAAGCACUGGGAUAGUCUAAUUCUAACUUGUAAUUAAUUAUGUUUGCAGUUAUCUGUUUGAAAUACAUUUGUGUCUGAACAGCUAUUGAAACUGUUAAAUUGUACAGAAAUUAUUCAUGACAGCUUUGUACUGUGGAAUGUGCUCAAGUAAAGACAAGUUUGACCUUUGUCCAAUAAAUUGCUAAGUAAUGUCAAUAAAUCGAGUAUGA